AGGUUUACCAGUCUGCAUGUGGUCAAUGACAGAUAAUGGGUUGGAUCAGGUUGCUAAAACUGAAAAAUCAUCAGUCAUUAGUGAAGGAGAAAUUUUUCUUGGAAAUUCUCCCUCCAUGGUAGUUUUUCCACGACAAAUAAUUGACUUACCCCCAUUGAAGAUGGAAGCGGAAGAAUCAUCUGAGGAUGCGAGCCCUCAUAACAUAUGGCAGGUUUAUGUGCUUGGAGGAUUAAUGGUUGCCAAGUGGAUAUGGGCUAAAUGGAAGGAGAGGAGAGGAAAAUCACGAGAAGGGUAAGGCUUCCUUUGAGGAGGCAGAGAAGUUUCGUUCAGUUAGAGCGAAUGCUGAUGUUUGAAAGAAAUUUUGUUUGGUGAAAACACAGGAGACGUUUUUUCGCAAGAACGACAAAUUUUUACCGUUUUAGAUCGAAGCUUGUAUCAUUUGGAUCGAUGAAUGUAGCUUUUAAAAGAAAUUUAGUGAAUGUUGUCGCUGUUUCGAACGAAGCGCAAGUGUUGUUGAGGUGGAAGCUUCAUAUUAU